AUGUAUGCUGGAACACAACGAUUCAAAGCAGUUGUGGUUGAGAACAAGUAUAUUAGCAGCCUGGACGCGGAGGCGCGGCUGCGGGAGGUGCGGAAGGGCGCGGACGAGGCGGCGCUGGCGCGGGCCGAGCUGGAGAAGCGGGUGGACAGCCUGCUCGACGAGCUGGCCUUCCUCAAGAAGGUGCACGAGGAGGAGCUGGCCGAGCUGCAGGCGCAGAUCCAGUACGCGCACCUCUCCGUGGAGAUGGACGUGUCGGCCAAGCCCGACCUCUCCGCCGCCCUGCGCGACAUCCGCGCCCAGUACGAGAAGCUGGCGGCUCGCAACAUGCAGAACGCUGAGGAGUUCUGGGCCCCCCGCGGCAUGAACGAGGCGCUGGAGAAGCAGCUGCAGGAGCUGGAAGAGAAGCAGAGUGCAGACAUCUCUGCCCUGCAGGAUACAAUCAACAAAUUGGAGAACGAGCUGAGAACCACGAAGAGUGAAAUGGCUCGGUACUUGAAGGAAUAUCAAGAUCUGCUCAAUGUGAAAAUGGCCCUGGACAUCGAAAUUGCAGCAUAUAGGAAGCUACUGGAAGGUGAAGAGACCCGACUCAGUUUCACCAGUGUUGGAAGCAUUACCAGUGGCUACACCCAGACUGCCCCAACUUUUGGCAGGUCUGCCUACAGUGGUCUCCAAUCCAGCUCCUACUUGAUGACAACCCGUUCCUUCCCCACAUACUACUCCAGUCAUGUCCAGGAAGAGCAGAUUGAAAUAGAGGAGACAAUUGAGGCUGCUAAAGUGGCAGAAGCCAAGGCAGCCCCUGCAGAGGAAGGUGAGGAGGAAGAGAAAGAGGAGGGUGAGGAAGAAGCGGGAGGUGAAGAGGCUGAAGAAGAGGAGGAAGGUGCUAAGGAAGAAUCUGAAGAAGCCAAAGAGGGUGAGGAAGAGGAAGGAGAAGGGGAAGAAACAGCAGCUGAAGAAGGGGAGGAGUCUCAGGAAACUGCUGAGGAAACUGGUGAGGAGGAAAAGGAAGAGAAAGAAGCAGCAGGGAAGGAAGAGAGUGAAGUGAAGAAGAAGGCUUGAUUUUUAGGCAGUCUAGCUUUCUCGUCAGGUCUACAGAAUAAACGAUGAUUGACUGAUCUAAAAUUGCAGUCUCACAUAUUUAAUUCAGUGACCACUGAGGUUUAAAGUUAAUGAUCUAUGAUGUUUCUCUCUGUGCAGAGUAUCAGUAUGCUUGCAGAGCACCCACUGGCUUGCUCCCUGAAUGCUGCAUGGUCUACACGUAUGAAUUCAGGGGUUAUGUCUUUCUUGGGUGAUUCAGAACCUUAAAAUUUAAAAUGGGGGAAAAAAAAUAAGUCAUGGGAAUGAAAGUUGUCUUUCACUUGCAUUUAAAAUAAUUGUGGAAACCUUGGGUGGGUAAAAUAAUGGAGGCUUCAAUAAGUAUGUGCAAUAAAGCUAGUCAAUAAAGUUACAGACAUGCUUACACAGA